AUGUCGUUGAUCAUUGCCACUUUCGCAGCGCUUACUUUGUGCUUCGCCCCUGCUCCGGGUGCAGCGGCGAUCUCCGCGCGGCGUCCGCUGCAGGGCAACGACACGCUGGCCUCGGCGCAGGGCAAGUUCGAGCUCGGCCUGUUCAGCCCCGCUGGCAGCUCCGACGGCAGAUUCUACCUCGGGGUCUGGUACAAGAACAUCCCCGGCCAGACCGUCGUCUGGGUCGGCAACCGCGCGACUCCAUUGUCUGGCGUCGCCUCGGCCGAGCUCCGGGUCUCUGCCGACGAUGGUAACCUCGAGCUCGUCGGUCCCACCUUUGCCUCCGGCUCGCCGGUCAUCGUGUGGUCAUCGAACCUGUCUUCGUCGUCGUCACCGGGCUCGAACAACACGGCGGAGAUCCGCGACAACGGCAACCUGGUCCUUCUGGACGGCAGCAACUCCUCCAACGUGCUGUGGCAGAGCUUCGACCACCCCACGGACACGCUGGUUCCCGACGCGUGGCUCGGGGAGAACAAGCUCACCGGCGAGUACCAGGUGCUGACGUCGUGGCGGAACGCCCAAGACCCUGCGCCGGGAAUGUUCACCGACACGGUGGACCCCAAUGGGACCAGCGAGUUCUUCUACAUGUGGAACCUGUCCCGCACGUACUGGCGCAGCGGCGUCUGGACGGGGCGCUUCUUCGCGACCAUGCCGGAGGCGACGAGGAACGUCCUCUUCAACCAGACGUACGUCGAGACGCCGGCGUACCGGCGCGUCAGCAACGCGCUCUACAACAGCACAACCAUCACGCGCAUGGUGCUCGAACUAACCGGCCAGACAAAGCAGUACAUCUGGGUGCCCGCGACCCAGAACUGGCAACUUUUCUGGGCCGCGCCCACCGUGCAGUGCGACGUGUACGCGCUCUGCGGGGCGUUCGGGGUCUGCGACCUGAGUAGCCAGCCGUCGUGCAGGUGCCCACCCGGGUUCGCUCCGGCGUCGGAGGGGGACUGGACGGUCAGCGACUGGAGCGGUGGGUGCCGCCGGAGCGCGCCGCUCUGGUGCCCAUACAACGGGUCGACGACGGACGGGUUCGUGGUGCUACCGAACGUGAAGCUCCCCGACGACUCGCUCGCCGUGGGCGCUGUCCAGAGCAAAGCAGAGUGCGAGUCUGCCUGCCAAAAGAGCUGCUCUUGCGAGGCCUAUACCUUCUCCACCGGGAGGUGCGCCGUCUGGCACGGAGAGCUCCGAAACCUUCAGCAGCUCUACACGGACUCCGGCGUAUCCCGAUCGGACGUUUAUCUCCGGCUCUCAGCAACAGGAUUGCGAGACCUCCACAACACGGUCAGUAAAGGCGGGAGAUUGUCAUGGCUUGUUCUUGUCAUGACAUUAGUAGGUGUUGCCGCACUGGGUGCGUCGGUAAUACUAGCCUGGAGGAUUCUGCUAACCCGGAGGAGGCGACUGGCAAACCAGAAGGGGUCGUCCUUGACCGUGUACAGCUACGGUGACCUCCAUGCCGCCACCAAUAACUUCUCGGAGAGGCUAGGUGGCGGCGGCUUCGGCUCGGUGUACCGCGGCAUCCUGAAGGAGCAAAAAGGAGGCAAGACGGCCCAAGUCCAAGUGGCAGUGAAGAAGCUGGAAAGUCUUGGUGGGCGGCAGGGCGACAAGCAGUUCCGGACGGAGGUGAGCACGCUGGGGCUCAUCCAGCACGUGAACCUCGUCCGUCUCCUCGGGUUCUGUUCGUCGGGCGACGAGAAGAUGCUCGUGUACGAGUACAUGCCUAGAGGCUCCCUUGAUGGCUACCUCUUUGACGGCGGCGCGUGCCCGAGCUGGCGCGAUCGGUACUGCAUCAUGAUCGGCGUGGCCAGAGGGUUGGCCUACUUGCACCACGGUUGCCAUGAGUGCAUCAUACACUGCGACAUCAAGCCGGAGAACAUCCUGCUAGACGAGGACAUGUCCCCUAGGAUCGCCGAUUUCGGAAUGGCGAAGUUGGUGGGGAGGGACUUUAGCCGCGCGCUGACGACCAUGCGGGGCACCAUCGGGUACCUCGCGCCGGAGUGGAUCUCCGGGCAGCCCAUCAGUGCCAAGGCGGACGUAUACAGCUUUGGGAUGGUGCUCUUCGAGCUCAUCUCCGGACGACGCAACUCUGAGGGGUAUAGCGAGGUGCGGCAUGCGGCGGGGACUGUGCGGCGUGGAUCGUCAACCUUCUUCCCGGUCUGGGCCGCCAGGAAGGUCGUGGAAGGGGAGGUGGGCACCGUGGCUGACCUGCGGCUUCGUGGCGACGUGAUGCCAGAGGAGCUGGAGCGGGUGUGCAAGGUGGCAUGCUGGUGCAUCCAGGACCAGGAGGCGCAGCGCCCAACCAUGGUGCAAGUCGUGCAGGCGCUGGAGGGCACCGUACAUGUCCACACGCCGCCGGUGCCGCGGGCGCUGCAGCACCUUGUCAUGCUCACGUAAUCCGCACGGCGCGCACACAAAUCGUCUCAUAUAUUUCACAUUAUCUAUCGGGUCUGACUAUAUCUUAUCUAGAUGUGAUAUGCUACUUCCCAUCUAAGUAUGACAUCAUCUCAUAUUAACAGAUA